UCGUUCUAAGAUAUUGAUGCUUGUUUUUCGUUCAAACAAGAGGUAUCUUCCAAUCUUGUUGUGAUUUGUUCUUCAUUUCUUUCUAUUCCACAAGUAAAAACAGCCACCAGAGUCUCAUAUUUCACAACGCAACUUUCUUUUCGAUUUCUUCCUUUUAUAGCGGUUUAGGUUUUGCUUUUCUUUUCUCUCUCUCCUUGAAUUACACGCUCUUCUGCUUGGUAGGUUGUGCCAUUGAACUCCUGGGCCCUCGACUCCACUCAAGUUUAAUGGUCUCUAUCUCCUCCUUCAGUGCUCUCUCUUUGCUUUGCCCCCAUUUUUCUUGCUGUUUAGCAUUUCCUUCUUGUUCUUCCUAUUGUUUUUUGACAAGAUAAGCUUCUGCAGUUUCUGUUUGCUCUCUUUACAAACUGUCGUUGGUUAUCUUGUGAGAUUUCUCCAUCUGGGUUUUUGAUUUUGGUGAUGGGUUUUGCUUAUAAUGCAGUAAUGAUUUUGGGUUUGUGUUGUGAUCAACUGUUGUUGACUGUAGUUCUUGGGUUUUGACUCUGGGAUAUCUAUCUGACUUUUUGCCUUCUUGAAGUGAUUUAUGGUUAACUACGGACUUUUUUAUCUGGGAAUUGGAUAAUCGGUGAAUUUUCAAGGAGGACUUAUACUUUUAUUUUUUCUUAUAUUUGGUGUACGAAUGAUGAGUGGAAGAUAAGAACUUGAUUUUAGUGGUGUUAAAUCUGGUUUUGGCGAGUUCUUGAAGGACAAAGAUGGACAGAAAGAUUCAACCUCCUCUGGUUGAUACAACUGCGUGUUUGUGUAGAGUAGAUGUAGGCCUCAAAACUGUAGCUGGAGCAAAAAAAUACGUCCCUGGUACAAAGCUGUGUCUCCAACCUGACAUUAAACCAUCUAUUCAUCCAACUAGGAAUAAACCACACACUGGCAGCCGAAGCAGAAACCAAUCUCCUUUGCUUCCAGGGCUUCCUGAUGAUCUUGCUAUUGCUUGCCUGAUUCGGGUCCCAAGGGUUGAGCACCGCAAGCUCCGUUUAGUCUGCAAAAGAUGGUGCUGUCUUUUGUCAGGUAACUACUUUUACUCACUCCGGAAAAGCCAUGGGAUUGCAGAGGAAUGGCUAUAUGUCAUUAAGAGAGAUCAUGAUGGGAAAAUCUCCUGGCAUGCUUUUGACCCCAUAUACCAGCUCUGGCAGCCACUGCCUCCUGUCCCCAAAGAAUAUUCUGAAGCCCUUGGGUUUGGUUGUGCUGUUCUUAGUGGUUGUCACCUUUACUUGUUUGGUGGCAAAGACCCACUAAAUGGAUCAAUGAGACGAGUCAUUUUUUAUAGUGCCAGGACUAAUAAAUGGCACCGUGCCCCUGACAUGCUUCGCAGGCGACAUUUUUUUGGUUCAUGUGUCAUAAAUAACUGCUUGUAUGUUGCUGGUGGGGAGAAUGCAGGAGCACAUCGGUCCUUGAGAUCAGCUGAAGUUUAUGAUCCAAACAGGCAUAGAUGGUCUCUGAUUUCAGAUAUGAGCACAGCAAUGGUGCCUUUCAUUGGGGUUGUUUACGAGGGAAAGUGGUUCUUAAAGGGGCUUGGAUCUCACCGUCAAGUUCUUAGUGAGGUCUACCAACCAGAAACUGACAGCUGGUACCCUGUAUAUGAUGGAAUGGUUGCUGGAUGGAGGAACCCAAGUGCUUCCCUCAAUGGACAUCUUUAUGCUUUGGACUGCAAGGAUGGCUGCAAACUCAGGGUUUAUGAUGAAGCAACCGAUUCUUGGAGCAAGCAUAUUGACAGUAAGAUGCAUUUGGGGAACUCUCGAUCUUUGGAGGCAGCAGCUCUAGUUCCACUUAACGGAAAACUCUGCGUAAUCCGCAAUAAUAUGAGCAUAUCUCUGGUCAAUGUUUCGAAAUCGGACAGCGAGGGAGUGGCUUCUGCGGAGCAUCUUUGGGAGACCAUAUCAGGGAAAGGGCAAUUCAAGACAUUAGUUACAAACCUCUGGUCUAGCAUUGCUGGGAGGAACCGCCUGAAAAGUCACAUAGUUCAUUGCCAGGUUCUUAUAGCGUAAUGACUGUAAGUUGUAUUACCUCGAGGGCUGAGUUCUCUUGCUUUUUGUGCUGUUAACGUCUCUCCGAUUUGAUGGGCCGGAGAGACUAAAAUAUGGCAUGGCAUGAAAUGAUGUGCUUGAACACCUAUUCGGAUUCCUAUUGGAAAUUUUAGGAUUUAUAUAUAUAUAUAUAUAUAUAUAUAUAUAUACCAUCCAUGAGAGGUGCUGGAUGGAUGAAAAUAUAUGUUUUCUAGUUGUAGCUUUACAACUAGAAAACAUAUAUUUAUUUCAUAUACAGAUUUUACGUGGCAAUUAUCGAGCCUUUUGUUUAUACGACUACGUUUUGUACUUGUUGUAGUGGUAUAUCUGUUGUCAAUUAAAUUUUUUAUUGGUUUAUAAAUCAA